AUGCAGGUCCACGCGGUACCUGACUCCGAGCGUGCGUUUGAUUCGACCGGUCGCCGUCUGCCAUGGGGAUUUGAUUUUCCAGACUCAGAGAACUCAAAGCGCCGCAUACCUGAAGAACGAGGACCCUUUGGCAAAGCGCGCAAGCGUGGAGUGAGCCGUAGCAAAACCCCCAACAUAUCGAACGCCCAAGAUCUCGCCAAGCAGGAGAACCUGAAGCACAUCGACGACAUCUUCGCACAGUACAAGGCAGAUGACAAGCAGAAGUCGCUUCGGAAGAGCUCUGCCUCACAGCUCCCCGUGUCCGCAUCUGCGCCGAAUCUUUUCGAAGCGGGAGGACUGUCCUCAUCGUUCCAGGCUGGCGCUUCUACAAAUGGAGUCAAGAUACCGAAAGAGGCCAUACUGUAUGGGUUUGGCGAGGGUCAACAAUGGGCCGCAAUCAGCAAGUUUGAGGAUAUCUCAAAUGGCAAAAUAUACGAGGAAUACGAGCGACAGCCGCAGGACCCAAAGUUCGGCCUAUCUUUCGUACCUCCACGCGAACUGCAAAAAAGCAAGCUCUCAGCCUCUCAGAUUGGAAAAAUCAACGAGUAUGUAGGAGGAGACCACUGGGUGAAGGUCACUUUCGACUCGGCGGAGGCUGCGGAUCGCGCCAUUCACUGGUCCCCGCACACCAUCUGGGGUUACGAGGUCUAUGCGGAGGAGUACAGAGGAGUUGGACCGAAAGACGGCGAUAGGCCGAUUCCCGCAGGCUCCCUGUCGCUGACAGCCUCGCCAGCAACGAUAUCAUCCGGGACCGUGCAUGGCGGUGCCUCUCAAUUCUCAGCGACUGCCUCCUCCGCAACAGCGACCAGCUGCGCACCUGCACGACGGACAUCAAGGCCUCGUCUUGGCGAGUGGGACCCAUCUUUCGACUUCGACGUCAUACCUGCACAAACAUCUCAAGCACUAGCUCCGACAUCACAAGACCAGUCGCUCGCCCAUAUAACAUCGGCUCAACACCGCCACUCCGGGACCUCAACGCUCCGCCUCAAGUCCAAUUCCAACCUCAAGGUAAAGCUUGGCGAGUUCAAGGAAGGCAAAGUCUUCUUGCCUACGCGUCCCAAGUGGCAGGAAACUCUUGGCCAGUUCCCCGUCAUAGGGUGGUUCGUUGGCUCCGGCAACGGUCUCAUCGGCGACCAAGUCCCCCGCAACGCGGAUGGAAAGUUCGACCACACGAAUGCGAGUCUAUACUGGCAGCUGUGGUACGCGAUCGAUUCCUGCACGGGAACAGACUUCUGCGGCGUGAAGGAAAUUGAGUAUGACGAGUAA